AUUUUAUUAAGGCAGCGUUUACAUGGAGCCCGUAAUGAGUUCAAACCGGUUUGACUUUCACCCCGGUUUGAAAUAGCCCUUCUGUUUACAUGAACAAUUUCGGUACGGCUUGGCGAAGUAAUAAAAUUCGUCAAAUCUUUUUUCUAGUUCCAGUCUUUUCCGCGCGUAUUUUUAGGAUUAUUUUCAAGAUGGCGACGAGCAAGACAUAUGCUAUGAAAAACUUCUCUAUGCUUAUAUCAUUUUUUUUAAGUUCGCUGGGUUCAUUGGUUGCUGUGUUUACGAGAAAUGUUGAAUAUCUACUAUCACCUCGUAGGCAACAGCAACGACAUCUGUUUAAUGCUGUGGAAGAUCACAAUGCUGUGCUAAGAAAAAUGCAAAAUUUAAAACAUAGGGUAAACAAAAGACGAAAAAGAAGAAGAUGGAUCAACCCAGGACGUACUGAUCUUUGGUGGCAAAAUUUAUACUCUGGAGCGUUGCUGGAACAGGAAUGGUGUCAGAACUUAAGAAUGGACUACCCUACAUUUAUGAAUUUAGUUGAUAAAAUCCGUGUAGAAGUUGAACCGGCACACAAUUCAUUUCGAAUAGACACUCUUUCUGCUGAGAAAAGGACAGCAAUGGUCCUAUAUUACUUGAAGGAUCAAGGCUCUUUACGGAUGACGUGUAAUACAUUUGGUGUAUCAUUAGCCACUCUUUCCAAGUCGUUAAGAUCAGUGUGUGGGGCAAUUAAUGAUAUUCUUGGUCCAGAGUUAAUAAAAUUUCCUCGUACAGAGGCUGAACUGAAACAUGCUGCAACGCUCUUCGAAAGCAAGUUUGGAUUCCCUCAAGCCAUCGGUUGUGUUGAUGGCACUCAUAUUCCUAUAAAAAGGCCAACUGAAAAUGCACAGGAAUACUUCUGCUACAAGAUGAAGUACUCAGUGAAUUGUCAAGCUAUCUGUGACGAGAAAGGAUGCUUUAUCGAUGUGGAGGUAAAGUGGCCUGGUAGUGUACACGAUGCAAGGGUUUUUGCUAACAGUUCAGUUAGCAAAAUGUUGGUGAACAACCGUCUUCCACCUUGUUUACAGGAAUUAUUGCCUGGGUAUACACCGGUACCGCCAUUACUAAUUGGAGACCCAGCAUACCCAUUGUUGCCUAAUGUUAUGAAAGAAUUUAAUUCAUGUAGCAGUUCAAAAGAAUUGAUUUUUAAUAACCAUUUACGUCGUGCCAGAAAUCAAAUUGAAUGUGCCUUUGGACGGUUAAAAGCAAGAUGGAGAAUUUUAAAUCGAUGUCUCGAUGUUGAAUUGGAUUUUGCAAUGAAUCUCAUUUACUCUUGUUUUGUUCUUCACAAUUAUUGUGAAAUAAAUAAAGUUGAUGUGCAUCCUGACUUGCUCCAAGUACAAAUGAUGAACGAAGAACGAUGUCAAAAUUGUGAACAUUAUAACCAAGUUUAUCGGCUAUACACGUACAACUCACAUCGAGGAAAAGCUGUCAGAGAUUCUGUGAUGGAAUACUUGCACGAUAAAAUGGAAAAUUAAACUAUGAACAUUUGUUUUUAACUUGUAUUAUAUUGUAUUUUUUAUAGAUAGAAAUGUUUGUGAACAACCGUCUUUUUAACUUGUAUUAUAUUGUAUUUUUUAUAGAUAUUUUAGUCACUAAA